AUGCCUUUCGAGGAUCGGUCGCUCAUCUUCAAGAGUGCCCACUGUUCUCUGCGCAUCUGUAACUACGUUUCUUACUCAGUGCUCCUGGUCGUCAUCACCAUCGUUUGCAUGGGAGUGGUCAGCUACCUCAUCGUCCCCAAGACUCCAGAGCCGGUGUAUGUAGCCUUCAACUUCACGGACGAGUUCGCGCUGGUCGGCCUUCCUUUCAACUCGACCGGAGAUCAUUCCAGCGAAAAAGCACCACCUAUCCGCAACCACGACCUUUGCCGCUCCAAGCAAUGCGACCGAGAAGCUGGCCGUCUCUUAUCGGUUGUAAACGUCUCGGUAGACCCUUGCGAGGACUUCUAUCAGUACGUCUGCUCCGUGUGGAUGACGAAGCACCAACCAAGCGAUGCUCAAGGCAAGACGUCUGUCGACUACGACCUCCUGGACCGCUACACCAGGUUCCUAGUGAGCGUGCUAAGUCAGAAGAAUGACGAGGUGCCCGACGCUAAGUUGCUCUUUGACAGCUGCGUAAAUCCACCCGAGAACCUCUUCCACGAGGUUAGCAACGCUUUUCUCUACAUGAUUGGUUUCCAGAGUUGGCCGUACUCUAGGUUAGACAAAGUGACCGCGGCCGAGCUGUCUUCUAUAGUCGGUACGCUCCAUCGGCUUCUGGAGCUGGACAGCCUCUUUCAGUUCAAGGUGCUCGAAGACCCCGAAGAAGGUAGACCGUCCAUGUUCAUUGGGGAACCAGAGCUUCUGGUGGGCAACUCCGAAGGGUCUCUUUCCGAGUUCACGUUCUUGGCCAACGCGUACAGGGCUCUGAUGGUGCAUCUACAGGAGCCAUCAGAUACAAACAUCGCCCUCGUGGAGAUGAACCUCGCCAACCGCAAAGCUCCAAAGAAGAACCUAGAAUGCUCCCAGUUGUUGAGGCGAUGCACUACUAUACACCUAGACCGUUUGCCACCGCCAGGGCUUAUUCACUGGCCGCUCCUGGCUGAAUAUGCUUUCGGAGAGAAACUUGUCGCUCUCAAUCAGUUUAUCAAGAUGCCCAACCCUGAGUACCUGACGAGUUUCACGGGUGAUGCUGAGCAGCAACUCAACAGGCCGGAUUUGCUGAACUAUCUUGUGUUCCGAAUACACGUUGCACUGUCACCGUUGCUGGCCAACGAAACGUUGAGACAACGACUGGCCUCGAUCGCCUACGGCAGGAAUCCAAAAUUGCUGGAGCGACUUCUUCCCGCCCAUUACUGCGUCAGGCUUCUCAAUCAGUUCGAGCCUUACCUUACCAUGUUUCUGGCUUACAAUAGAUCCGUGAGUAGGCUAACAUGGACCACGCUUCAAGACCUUGUUCUGAGAAACCUGAACUUUACGCUGUUGAGUUACAUUCAACGUAAGUUUGAGCGUUGGUUUUCGAAAGAAUUCGGUGGCUACGUUCUCUCCAAUGUCGCCAGUGUUAGCUGGCAGCCGCUGGUACCAAAAGCGCUCUUGCAGAAGUCAUUCAGGUACGAGUAUCUCAGGGACCUUGACUCCGCGAAUCCUAGCAGUCUCAUUUCCUCGUUCUUUUUUUGGCUUCGACGGUCUGCUAGGAGACGAAGAUAUCUGCCUAAAAUGUCCGACUAUGAACCGACGACCGGCUGGAGGUCAGGAUUCCUUGAAACCUGGCCACGCCUCGAGGCUCCAUUCAAAAUUCUCGAGAUUCCGCUACCGGUAUUUGACUUCGGCAUCCCCCACGACCCUAAACUUUGGAAGUUCCACAUUCCUCGUGCCGGCGUCCGAAUCUACUACAGCUUCGUGAAGUACACCUACUAUCUGGCCUACAGUUUCUAUUUAAACACCACAUCUUCCGACCCGGCCUCUGUCCUCGAAAACCUGCGCGGAUGCCUGCAGAAGAGCUACGCCCUGAUGUCUUCGCCGCUCUUCCCAAGAAACCUGGACACCGACAAGACGUCACUGUCGGACAUGGCGGACCUCCUUGCCGUCAAGCUGGCCUUUGCGGCUUACCAAUACGAGUUGCUAAAAGACGUGUCAAGCUUUAGGUUCGCCAAGGCUUCACGAAUCAGCUCGGAUCAAUUAUUUUUUCUGUACUACGCUAUGAACUUCUGCGAGAAUCACAAUCCAAGAUUCUUUGAGUACGUACUAAAGUAUAGUUAUACGAGUCCAGGAUGGUACCGAGUCAAUGGUCCUCUCAGGCAUAUGCGAGAAUUUGCGGCGGCUUUUCAAUGUUCCAGGAACUCCUUUAUGAACCCUAAGAGAAAAUGUGAGCCGCCCGGAAGUUCUCCCCGAUAG